UGCUUUAUUUUUUUAUUAAAGCUUUUUCAGUAAUCUAAAUAAUUCUCCUAUUGUAAUUCACAGUAUCUCAUAGACGUACUCAUCAUAUAUUUGUAUAAAAUGACUAGUCAAAUGUGCAAUCUACAAACCAACCUAUAUAAUAUUUACUCUAUACAUGCUCAUACAAAAAACACAAAGGUUAUAUAUUAUUGACCGGUACUGUAUAUGCUUCUUUAUUAAGUAGUUUCCGGUUUUGGGGAAUAAACUGAUGUUAAAGUAUUAUAUUCAGGCAAAAACUAAGGCAGAGACGGGAUAUUACAAUUACUUACAGAUUCGGUCCAAGACACUCCUGUCGCCGGAACGCCAUGCGCAGUCGUUGUCUUGCGCAUGAGCGUCAACUGACCUCUCGUAGAUCGGUAGCACCAUGUUCUUUCAAAAAGUUAAUACUUUAUUUAUUUUAGUUCAGUAAUGUUUAUCAAUUGAAAAAAAGUGUUUUAAUUUUUAUAUAAAAGAAAAUGUAUCGUGAUAAGGAGACAGCAGCAGUCAUCGAUAACGGUAUCUACACAGUAUGCCUGAAUGAGGAAGUUAAAACGUGAUGAACGGCGAUUUCCACCAAUAAUAAAUGUAGACAAAAUAAAUAAAAUUGACAGUGUAGAAACUGUGGAAAUCAAACCAAAUACUGACCAGCCAACUACAGCAUCAUUAUGUAUUCAAUUAUUCACUUUAAUAAUACUUGGGUUGAUGGCAUGGGGUCUGGCCUGGAGCCAGUGGGGCGACGGCUGGGGGUGGGAUGGGAAGUGGUUCCGGCUUGGUCUCGUGGCAGCGGUAGCCUGGGGCAGUGGGCAAGCCCUCCAAGCCCUUACAACUAUGCCUGGGAUGCUGGCUGCCCUCUUAACUGGCAUCCUAGCUCAAAAUGUCGGUUUCCUUGACAUGCGCGACUACAUUGAAAUAGAUGGAUUUUUAAGGAAAAUAUACCCGGUAGUGGUUCUUGGGAAAGGUUCACUGGGAUGGAAUGUGGACUACAUGAGAAGCAACUGGCAACGGGUGGCCACGCUCGGCGGAGUUCCGUGGCUCGUGGAGGUGGUGGCGGUGGCGAUGUGUUCACAUUUCCUGCUGAACUUCCCGUGGAUUUGGGGUUUCCUACUUGGUUCAGUAUACUGUUCGUUGUCGUGGGCGGUGGUGAUGCCCAGCGUCGCGAGACUAAACGCCGCCAGCGGCUCCGCUCGCAACUGGGCGCAGCUGGUGUGCACCGCGGGCGGCACCGACACCGCGCUUAGCGUCGGCGUCUACGGACUCAUCUUCAGCUUCAUAUUCACGGGAGAAACCGAAUUGUAUAAAUAUAUCAAGGCUGGGUCGACUCUGUUCGUGGGCGUGAUACUGGGAGUAGCCUGGGGCAUCCUGGCAGGGCUAGCACCACACUCGCACGACUAUUACGUUGUCGAGCUCCGGGUUCUGUUUGUGCUGGUUGGCGGACUAUUUGCCAACUUUUUCCUCGUGCGCUUAGGAUGGGCUGGAACCGCUGGAGUUGCUGUGUUGGCCUGCAACGCAACGGCCGCAAUGUUCUGGGCGCGAGACGGAUGGAAAUUAAACAACAACCCCGCGUCUACAGCCUACCGGGUGUUUUGGGCUGCCUGUGAGCCAACUGUGUUUGCUUACACGGGCACUUUCUUUGUAAUUGAUAAUGAUCUGUGGGAUGUUAUGUUAAUUGGGUUAGCAAUUCUACUGAUCUGUUUGACUGUGAGACUAACGACGGCGGCGCUUGUCUGCUGGGACAUGACACUCAAGGAAAGACUCUUCGUUUGCUGCACCUGGGUACCCAAAUCCAUAGUCGAGGCUGUAUUGGCGCCAACGGCUCUAACGGCGGUCAUCACCCGGGGGCCCCCCCACCAGGAUUACGAAAACGAUUUAGCGUGCGCAGAAAACAUACUGCGACUCCUGGUUCAAGCCAUAAUCAUCACCACUCCUAUAGGAUAUCUACUUACUAACCAUUUAGGACCAAAAUUACUUAAGGUACCAAAGAAAUCCUGUGACGACAACAACUUAGCAUAAUCCUAAAGAAUAAUAGGUACCAAUUUUUUACUUUUAUAUAACAGUAUACUUAUAUAUUGACAAUAACAAUAUACAUAAUGGAUAUAUACAGAUGAUUACUAUAACUAGCUUAUAUCUAAAAUAGGCCCUUGAGGCAUUGUACCAAGGAUGCUGGCGGCAUUUCCUCGUUGUAUCGCAAUACUGAUACGUAUAUAUUAUAUUCUAUUUCGUAAAAUCUUUGUGUCUUUUGUUUUGAUUUUAUGUUGACAUUUUCUUAUAAGUUUUUUUGUGUGUAUUGUGCUAAACAAAAAUCUAUUUUACCUAAUAUUGUACCUAUAAGUUUUACAUGUCUUUGAAAUAGUUCUUGAGAUAUACAGUACAUUGCCUUUACUUUUAUAGAGUUUUAGAUUGUUUUAUAUUGUUAAUGUAUGCAUGAAUACGUGAAUUCAAAGUAUAUAACGGAACUGACAUUAUGAACUAAAUAUAACAGAUAGAAUAGAUAUAUGCCAUCAAAAACAUAACUUUUAAAAAUAAACCAAGUCUCGUAACUCACUUCAACUCAGUUCUUCUACAGUAAAAAGUUGUGAGAUUCAUGUAAUACCAAGGCGGUCAAUUUAUUCCGUCCCUACUUAUGGGACCUUUUGUCUUAAGUUAUUACGUAAUUACCUAACCUAACAACAACUUAUAGUGACCAUAUCAAUAUUAAAAAUCCUUUAUGUUUAAAAUAUAUUGAUUGACUGGGCAAUCGCACUAAACAAUCUAAUUCAAUAUACUUAAUAUUGAUUACUUGUGAAAUACAUUGUGUUUUCAUGCUAUGAUAAACAGAAUGGCCAACUCAUUCUGUUUAUUUAAAACAUAAAAGAUUUUUCAUAUUGAUAUGGAGAAUAGAUAGAUAUAUGCCAUCAAAAACAUAACUAGUAAUUGUAUUCUAAUUUGAAAGCUUAUAUGUCUGCUAGAAGUGCCUUUGAGUUUUGAUGGUCGGUCAGUCAGUGGAUGAGUGACAAAAUUAAGAAACUGACUAUUUAUAAUUCUUAAACUACUGGUUCAAACUGAAUGAAAUUUGAAAUAUACUGUGUUUAUACAAUGCCUGCUUGGUUAUUGAAAAUUCAGACUUCUAGUUUUAUCCACGACGAAGUUAUAAGGGGGUCGAAAAUAGCCUGAACUGCUUUGAGAAAAGGAUAGUACGGCCGUGCCGCUUUUUUGCUCGACCUGGCUCGACCAGAAUUGAAUCUCUUGAUAUCUACUUGAUGGGCUGUUUAUUUUAUAUUAAUGAAUUAAAUAAGGUAGGUACACAAAAUUUUGUUAAAAUGUUAUAUAAUAUACAGAAAAGAACUUGUUAAAUAUGAAGAGUGGAAUUACUAUUUUUACUAUGUACGCAUGAAUUAAUAAAAUGUUUAUUCUAUUAUUAUUACAUUUAUUAAUCGAUUUUUCAAACAGGAUAACCAUAGCAACGUCUCAGCUAGUGGUAGCAUUAAAUAUGUAUUUAGAAUAAAAAUAUACCAAAGUCUUUAUCCUUAAGUAAUUUUAUGAGUAAAAAACUUAAUUAGACGUAAGGCUUAUGAUAAGAAAACAUUAUGAUAAACACGUAGGUAAAAUAUUUUAUAAGUAUAUAAUUUUUUUUAUGCAUGGAAGUAGUUUUUUUAUCAGACUAAAAUAUGUAAAACAACUAUAUUAGUUAUGCUGUUUUCUAAUUAUCAUGUUAAUAUCACUACGGGUGUAUAAGUAAGUGAUAAAUUAUCUUGAAGGGGUACAUUUUAUAACUCUAUUGACAUUAGCAACUUCUGCAGUCAAGGUCAUACUUUUGUAUACCUAUGCCUAUGUACGUUUUAUAAAUAAAUUGAAGAAUUGAUACAUAUUUAUGAUCUUAGUGUACAUGAUGACUUUAAAUUAAAUAUGCUUACGUGUGAUUUUCUAAUUUAAUUGCCUACACUUCAUCUCACCGCUAUAUUUGAUUCGUAAUAUAAUACGAGAUACGCGUGGCGUACGAAUGCCUAUUAAUAAUUACCUAUAUUGGUAUGUUGUCUAUAUUUAUAUAUAUUAAACUUAUAGCAAUAAAUCAGUUACUUUACA